AUUUCGGUUAGCUCACACGUGCUCAGUCGUGCGAACUCGAAGGCGGUAGCGAACGAACUCAGCAAGCGGAUUCAGCACCUCGAAAGCUUGCUCAAGGAAACUGGACAUGGACAUGCCAUUCCAGACGCCCCGACUCCAUUGGAGCAUCUGCAUGAUCAGCACCCACAUCCCAUGGAAACCGAUUCAGAGUCCCAGUCUACACCCUGCUACGAUGACGAACCCCCUCCCUACCCCGAAGCGCCACAAUCUACACGUGGAUCACAGCCUCAUGAUGCUUCAGCGCACAGUAAGGCCAUCAUUGGGAAGCUUGCCCCUCGACCCGUCAAGUUUGACAUGGCUUCUGGCCGUGUUCGAUUCUUCGGUCCAACAACAAACAUGCACAUUCUCUCACGGUCAACAUCAGAUCCUAGCAAAAACUCCGAAAGCUUCUGGCCAAUCUCCACACUUGUCAGGGAUCUCUCGCCCGAGACCCAUGACUAUAUCAUCGAUCUUUUCUUCGAUCAUCACAACUCGGCUUUGCACAUCGUCCACAAAUGGGCAUUUCUCGAUGAUUUGAAGGAGGGUGGGACCCAAUUCUAUUCGAAUUUCUUGCACAUGUGCAUGUUGGCUGAGGGAUAUCGGUACGCGGACAAGUCGAGAGCAGAUCUCAAAAAGCUUGCUUGUCCGGGUCCAGAUUCUUCAACGUUCCAUACCAAGGCUAAAAAGAUGGCCGAACUUGAGCUGGUGAAGCCUGGAGGUGUGCCGUCAAUCCAAGCCUUCUUUCUUCUUGGAGAUUUAGAGGUUGGGAUUGGGCGUGAUGACACUGGGUGGAUGUAUGCAGGAAUGGCUUUCCGGCUGCUGUUCGACGUCGGCCUUCAUGUGGACCCGAGCGAGAUACAUCUGACUGAACGAGAAGUGCAGAUCCGCCAUAUGGUAUUGUGGGCAUGCAUUUUGAACGAUGUCAGGUAUUGGUCUCUCUACCUCGGUCGCCCUACCAUGUUAAAAGCUUCAGACAUGGCUCCAGCAUGCUUAAAUAAGGACUUUGAUCGCCUCAUCGAAAGCCAAACCCGGACUUAUGCAUACGAGAAGACGAUCGAGACACGCGUUUACGAGGCGCUACUGCAGCUGAUGGAUCUGCUCGAGCCAUUGUGCGAGACAAGAGACCUUAGGAAGAAUCUAAAGCCAGCGGAUGCGUACUUAAAGAUUGCGACUCUCGACAGGCGGCUGAAUAAUUGGUAUGCUGAUCUCCCCGACCGCCUCCGCUGGAUACCCGACAAUAUUCGAACUGCACCGGCUUCCUUUUUUGUUCUUCACACACAAUACCACACCGCGCUUAUACUCCUCCACCGCACAUUCCCAACUCAACCCCCACAAACGCAAACGGCCCGACACUCCGGCUCAACUCACUUCUCCACACUCUCCCGCACUGUAUGCGUCUCCAACGCCGAACAAGUUGCAGAAAUCAUCUCGCAAUACCGUAAACGGUUUGAUAUCAGGAGGAUCUUCGUCACCGGCCUCCAACACGUCGGAACUUCCGCAACAGCCCUGAUGGCCGAAGUCAGCAUGCUGCAGAACGAUCAAGACAGCGGGGAGCGUAGCCGGCUAUUAGAACACUUGCACGACCUACGAAACGCAAUGCGUGAAAUGAGUGAAAUGUAUCAGCCGGCGGUUUUAAUGGCUACCGUCGUGGGCCACUUCAUCCGUGACUCUGGAGACAUGCGUCAGGAAGACGCGAUGAAUGUUGGCACACAAACUAACAUCCCGCUUGGCUCCUCCUCCUCCUCAACUACCACUUCCAUAUCAACCUCCAAACACCCUAGCAUCCUCACCGCCCCAAACUCAUCCCGCGCCACCCGCGCCAGCACCCUCGCUCCCCCUGACUCCACUCAACCCUCUAGCUCCUUUGCAUCUUCCUCCAGCCAACUCUACACUCGUGGUACCGUAACCCCCAUCAACGGCCCUAGCUAUUAUUUCCAAAAUAGUGGGAAUGAUAGCAGCUUCGAUGGAAGAGGAGGUUUGCCGUUUUUGCCAAGUAGUUGGUUCGAGGAAAUGAAUUGGGAAGAGGAUACGGAAUUUUUGAAUUUGAUGGGUUUGAAGGAUUUGCAGGCAGUGGCGGGCGCCGGCGGGAUAGUAUUGAUGGAUGCCUUCGAGGGAUUGGAGGCGGGGGGUUUGUAUGAUGGGUGA